UCUCCUACCCCGAGGUGGCCCCUUUCUGGGGGCGCCAGAAGGGCCUCAGGCACCCCGAGGUCCUGCCCUGGGUGCCCUCGCUUGGUGGGGGUGGGCGCUGUCUUCCGGGCGGGGGCCACGUGGCCUCGACCGGGCGGGGGGCUUGGCCUUGCCCAUGUGAGCCCAGUGACUCAGGCCGCAGCUGUUCCCGCGUCACAUGAGGGAGGCUGGAGGCCACUCGGCGGGGGAGGGGGCUGUGGCUGGAGCCGGGGCGGGGCCGCGCGCCGGGCGGGGCCGGAGCCGGGGGGCGCAGCUAGAGAGCCCCUGAGCGGCGGCGGGAGAGCAGCACACAGCCUCCGGGAGCCCAGGCCAGGCAGCCAUGGCUGUGGAAGGAGGAAUGAAAUGUGUCAAGUUCCUGCUCUACGUUCUCCUGCUGGCCUUCUGCGCCUGUGCAGUGGGACUGAUUGCUGUGGGCGUAGCGACCCAGCUCGUCCUGAAUCAGACUAUGACCCGUGGGGCCACCCCUAGUUUCCUGUUGCCUGUGGUCAUUAUCGCAGUGGGGGCCUUCCUCUUCCUGGUGGCCUUUGUGGGCUGCUGUGGAGCCUGCAAGGAGAACUACUGUCUUAUGAUCACGUUUGCCAUCUUCUUGUCCCUUAUCAUGCUAGUUGAAGUGGCUGCAGCCAUUGCUGGCUAUGUGUUUAGAGACAAGGUGAGAUCAGAAUUUAAUAAGGACUUCCGGCAGCAGAUGAAGAAUUAUCCAAAAGCCAACGAGACGGCAUCAAUCCUGGACAAGAUGCAGAAAGAUUUUAAGUGCUGCGGGGCGGCUAACUACACAGACUGGGAGAAGAUCCCGACCAUGGCCAGUCGAGUCCCUGACUCCUGCUGCGUCAACAUCACUAAUAACUGUGGGGUUCAUUUCGUCGUGAAGGACAUCCAUACUGAGGGCUGUGUGGAGAAGAUUGCGGCCUGGCUGAGGAAGAAUGUGCUGGUGGUGGCUGCGGCAGCCCUGGGCAUUGCCUUUGUGGAGGUGAGAGGCACCCUUGGGCAUCUGGGAACUAGGGGCAGUGGGAGGGUGCUGAGCAGGGGGCUGGUCUGUGGAGGGGAGCCCUGGUUGUCUCUUGGGUCUCUAUCUUGCCUCCCUGACUCCUCUUCACCGCCAUCUCUCUCUGUUCUUCUAGAUCCUGGGUAUUGUCUUAGCAUGCUGCCUUGUGAAGAGCAUCCGAAGUGGCUAUGAGGUGAUGUAGGGGGUCUGUCUCUUCAGCCCCCUCAUCCAGGGGAGUGGGGUAAUAUACUCCAGGUUUUUCAAUUAAACGGAUUAUUUUUUCAGACCCCAAA